AUGAAAUCCGCAAACUUCGCCAGUCGAAAACCCAAGGCGCGCAUAAUCGCCUCCUUCGAAGAUGAUGAACUAGAAACCCCCAAUAACCCAAAACCAACCACCACCACCGCCACCUCAACAUCAGAACCCACCGACUCAUCACCACCACUCUUCAAACGCAAAUCCGCAUCAACAAAGACCCGCAAAACCAUAAACCGUUCUUUAAUCUCCCUCGAAGACCCCCACGCCGAAGAUGAUCAAAACACCGAAAAGACCUCCCAAUCAACAGAUACUCCAGAACUCACCCGUCCAAUCGUCAUCAAAAAAUCAACCCUCUCACGCCAAAAUAAUCCCGAACGAAGCGCGUCUUCACCAGCUUCACUAGUUCAACCCUCAACGCCAAAGGAUAAACCGCGCGCCACCUUAAAAAAAUCAACUAUCCUCCCUUCACAACCUUUUUCCCAACUAUCUUUAACUUCUCGUCCGAGUUAUUCGAAGGAAGCGCUUGCAGAACUUAAGGGAUCAACACCUACCACACCUCUCCACCGUAGCAAUGAUGACGAUACAGAUAUAUCAAUGUCCGAUGCUCCUCCUCCCGCUUCCAAAGAUCCCCUCGACGUAGCAGGUAAAUUUGCAGUCGAGCGAGCAUCUGCUGCAGCUGCUGCAAAUGAACUUUCAAUCCCUGACUCAGGUACCAUCAAGGCUCUAAAGGCCCGUCGAGCACUACUAGCCCAAAACCCGGACUACAUCUCGCUCUCAGACGAUGUAAAAAAGGGAAGCCGCCUUCAAAAGACACAAGAUGACGAAGAAGAAAUCUUAGAAACAUUUGUAGAAGAUGGAGGACUCGCGCUGGGUAAAAGAGCAGAGAAGGAAAAGGAACGUAGACGGCGGGAGGAUAUUAGAGAAGCUAUAGACAUGGUAGAAAGACCUUCUGAUCAAGACGAAGAAGAUAGUAAUGACGACGGAAACGGAGAGUGGGAGGCAAAUAGACUACGGACGGGAGGUUAUGGCUCUAAUAAACGUGAGACGUUGGAAGAAAAACUACGAAAACCACCUGCCGUGAUUACACCGCUUCCCAACUUCCAGGAAGCUUUGGCUAAUCUUAAGGGUAUUCUGGCGGGUAUGAACGAUGCCAUGGAGCAAAAGUCGAAGAGGGUUGAAGAGCUACUGUCCGAAAAGGAAAUGAUUGAACAACGAGAGAAAGAGCUUCAGAAGUUGCUUAAGGAAACUUCUGAAAAGUAUGAACAAUUGCGAGCUGAGGCCGGAACUGCUUUACACGUUGGCAGAGGCCUUGAAAGCUUUGGCGACGAUACAGCGGGAAAUGGAAUCCCGGCUGGUGUUUAA